AUGCAAAAUCGAGUUGGUAAGAGGAACUCACAAAACUUGUUAUAGAUGGCAAAUAGUUUUAUUUUGAUACCAUAAACUGUAAAAUGCUAGGUAUCAGCCAUUGAAAAACUUUAAUUAAAAAAAGAUUUAUGUGGAAAAAAAGUAUUGGGCAUGAUUCAUACAGUAACUUUAAGGAGAACUGUGGAAGAAUACAAAUGCUAGCACUACUUUAACUAAUAUAAGUUUGAAAUAUCCUUUCAGACUUAUCCAAUACAUUAAGAUCCAGAAUACUGA